GGAAUCGUUGGCCCGCUGAGUCGCGUCGCAGCCAUCGGAGGGUUUGUUCGUGUUUUACUUGCGCUUGCUUGCAUGUGUCCGUUCGUCUGUCUGUCCUGUCCUGGGCUCUACAUUUGCUUGUUGGUUGGCAGUGGUGAGCUUCAGUUACUUCCUCGAGGUCCAGUUGCAGUACAGAGGCGAAAUACAAUAGCCGUGGAUGGGUCGUGGUGUGGAGCAAUAGCUAGCAAACAAUAGCCUUGUCGUGUCGAUCGUGAACAAACACCAGCAGAACCGGAAUCACCUCCGACAUUCGCAACUAUCAAUCGGGUUGCUGAAUCCUGCAGUUGUGUGUCUAGUACAUAGGAGGAUGUGUAGUAAUACACACUGUGGAAAACGCGGAAGAAAAAUCCUCCAUUGAGUGAGGAAAAAUAAGGACGACCUGGAGGAGAAUGCAAACACAAAGUCAAUCGCCGUAAAUUUUUAUGUGUUCAGUAGUUUUCGUUCGAGGAAAUCGUCAUUCGCCCCCCAAAAGCCAAUCCAAUCAAUCACAAAUGCCAUUGAAAGUAUUUGCUCGAGCAUAGUAAGAAAGGAGCAAAACUUUGUGACCACACACAAAAUAAGUUCCGAACGACGUGAGUGUGCCAGAGAUCCGUGAAGCUGUGAGAUAAAAUAAAGUGCUGAAAAGUGCAUGAAUACUUGGGAAAUGUUGUGUACGACUCUUUGAAGAAUACUUGCGCGAAGUGAACGGAAAGCAUGAGAAGGAUUAAUAGUAACGCAGGAAGGGUUCGAUUCGUGUGGUUAUGAGAUAGUGAAUUCAGUUCGUUCCGUUUUUUUACGUGAAAGCUGCUAAGUUUAACCCUUCCCGACGAAGCCUCACCAACAUACAAAGGCCAGUGUUGUAUAGUACAAAUUUUCUUAAAUUGGUUUCGUAUAAUUGAGCUUUUGUUUUUUCGAUAAGUAACCUAUUGCGAAACAAAAGAACCACGAAGUGUGAUAAAGCGAAACAAAAAAAAAGUUAAAGUCUCGGGAUAACGUGAAAAGCAAUUAACUGUACCACCACCACCAACACCUCCUGACUCGUAGUAUUGGAUAUCGAUCACAGCUGAAAAUUAGCUAAAUGGAAUUAGCACGUAAAAGAUAUAAAAGUAGCCGGGGUCCGGUACUAAGGUCCAGCGAACGUCGCCGUCCACAGAGUAUAUCGUCAUCCACCUCCACACUGCUGCCACGGGUGGUGCUAAAUCGUAUCGAUCCCCGCGAGUUUGAACGUAUCCGUGUGUCGUACAAGGUUGCCAUCCGAAGCACCAGAAGCAGUCGUACCAGCAGUAGUGUGCACCCUGGUAUGAACAUGGGCCAAAAGAUCAGCGGAGGUGUCAAAACGGUCAGCAGCCGCGACCAGCCAUCAUCUUUCAUUCCGAAGAUUCCUCGCGAACUAGCGGCACACUUCCAGCGGCCAGCGCGUUUGGAUCUUCUGCUCGAUAUGCCCCCGGUAGCGCGGGAAACCCAAGUCAAAUAUUCCUGGAACUCGGAGGACCGCUCACUGAACGUGUUCGUGAAAGAGGACGACAAAAUGACAUUCCACCGGCAUCCGGUGGCGCAGAGCACAGACUGUAUACGAGGCAAGGUUGGUUUGACGAAAGGUCUGCACGUGUGGGAAGUGUUCUGGUCGACGCGGCAGCGAGGCACCCAUGCUGUGAUCGGUGUUGCCACAUCCGAGGCACCCCUGCACUCCGUAGGUUAUCAAAGUUUGGUCGGUUCGAACGACCAGAGCUGGGGCUGGGACCUGGGUCGCAAUAUGUUGUACCACAAUUCGAAAUCCUGCCCGGGCAUCACCUACCCUGCGAUACUUAAGGCGGACGAGACCUUCCUGGUGCCGGACAAAUUCCUAGUAGCGUUAGACAUGGACGAGGGCACGCUCAGCUUCAUCGUGGACGGCCAGUAUCUUGGGGUUGCGUUCCGGGGACUGAAAGGACGAAAGCUAUACCCGAUCGUGUCCGCCGUCUGGGGACACUGUGAAAUCACAAUGAAAUACAUUGGUGGCCUCGAUCCCGAACCGUUGCCACUGAUGGACCUGUGCCGACGUGUCAUCCGCCAGAAGAUUGGCCGAACGCACUUAGAGGAACGCAUCGAACACCUCCAGCUGCCGCAGUCGAUGAAAACCUAUCUCCUGUACCGGGAUCGAAGAUAAUAGACAACCCAACAGCCGACUAUUAAUUAUUUAAUAAUAAUAAUAAUUAUCGCUUAUUAUCAUUAUCAUUAUUGGCUAGAUAUUAUUUUCUCCUCGGAUUAACUGAAACAAAAGAAGAUAGGAAAACCGUUAAGUAGGGUACACAUUUUUUUUCUUUUCGCUCGGCUACAAUAUACGAUAUAGGUUAUGUUUAGGGACUGUUCUAUCUGCGUUUAAAGGAUAGAGAUGAACAAGAGUUUUUUUUUAAAUGCAAGCUAUAUACAAUUGGCACAGUGUAAUGUGCGAGUAAGGAUUUUUUCCAACACGGUUCCCCUUCCCCAUUCACACACAAACAAUCUCUCAACUUCGUUAAUAUAAUACGAACUCUGCGAUAAGUAAGCCCUAAGAACAUUAGUAACAUUAGAAAAAGAAAGAAAAAGGUAAAACAGAACAGAUGCAAGAUAAACACAGAUACUUUAGUAUAUAUAUUGGAGGAAAAGUAUAUGAGGAAAAAGCAAAAAAAUAUGUUCACCUUUAAAAGUUGUAAAAAGGACAGAGGAAACCUUGUAAGAUAGACAAAUCGAAAUCAAAAAGCGCAACUUCUUUUAUGAUUUAAGCAAUUGUAAAAAAAACCUAAACGAGGAAAAAUGGUUGACUUUUCCUAUUCCCUUGGAUAUUGUGUGCACGAAAAGAAUCAGUAGGGAAAACGUAAUGUGUUCUGUUUUUAAGCUUUUAAUCUGUAAUAUACGUCACAAAAGCAAUGAGAAAAAAAACGAAAUAACAAAACAAUACCAGAAAAAAAAACAAACAAACAAACAACACGCUACUUCUUUUCUGCAUUUAUCAUCCGAAGCAAUGCUAGAUGAGCGCUAGACAUCCUCCGGCAGGAAAUGGAACGAAUCUCCGGAAACGUAGAUCGAGUUGAAUGUAACACCCACACACAAACUCGCACACGAAGGCAUCUCGGCCGAGAAUGAUCUGUUCUUCCAUUGAGUAAUGAGAAAAGAAAAAACAACACAAACAAUGUACUGAGAAACAGAAACUGUAUUCAAGGAGAUACAUCAUAUUAACAAAGAGGCCAGAAGAAAUACUAUUUAUUUACAUAAAAACAAAACGAAUGCACUUCCCUUCCAUCUCGAUUCUUCUACAAUCACAGCACGAGAUCGGGGGGUGCCGAAACUCGGACAGGAAAGGAUACACCACCCCAUCCUCCCCCACAAAGUAGAAGAAACACGCAACAAUCACACGCAGCAGGAAGUGCGCGAAGUUGCAUUUCAAAAACUCAUUUUCGUAGUUUUUUACGAGAGUGAUCUCAUGAAGCACACUCAAUUACUGAUAACAAAAAAAACAACAAAAAUAGAAACCACAAGGGCGCCCCACAAGCUAGGCAAGGAUAAGACAAACAAAUCCGUGUGAUUUUUUUUUAUUAUUUGAAGUGAUUUAAAUUUAGAUUGAAUAAUUAAAAAUUUAUUAAAACCAGCAAAAGAAAAGCGUGUGAGGAAUGAGAGUGAGUGGAAGACGAAAGAGAAUGAGAGUAAAACUACUAACGAAUCAGUAAUCAAUCAAGAACAACAAACAACACACAGGAUAAGCAAAUCUUAGUAUUGUAAGAGCCAACAAGUGAGAAUGAUGAGAUGGAUGAGUGAUCAGUUUUGCGGGUCCAUGCUGAUCCUGGCAGGCGUGCGAAUUUACUUCUUUUUUCUGCUCUUCAAACCGAGUGGCUGACUAGAUUGAUUGAUUGUGUGAUGAGAUGAGUGCGAGAAAAGCGGAUGCGAGAGGCUCAGUCAAUGUGUGGCACACUAUCCUAAGCAGUAUAGAAAAAAUGAAAUACAAACACUAUCGAAUUAGUGAGCGAGAGAGAAUGAUUAACGAAUCACAGCAUAUUUUUUGAUUAUCACGAGAAACUGAGAAACUGAAACUAGGCAAUAAGGCUUCAGUCGAAAACCCACCUUUGCCGUGUCCAAUCUGUCCCGACCCCGGACAGAAUCAGUGGAAUCGCAUAUAACGUGACUCUUGUUUUCAAAGAGCUUUUUCCUUGGAAAAUUCCCCGAGGGUUACACACGUGUAGAAAUCAUUACCGACGGCAGUCGACUUCGAAGCGCAAUUAGGAUAUGUAUGAAGCAAAAAAAAAAAUGAAUAAUAUCGACUAGACGCUGAAGGCAUUGAUUACUUGGGACAAUGUGAAUGAAUCCUUCACCGUUAACUUCUCCUCUUGUUUUUGAGCAUAACUCCAGAGUCCUUUUUGGUAGAGCUACGAUACAUUCUGCGGAGCUUCUUUUCCAGGAGCCUGAUCUUCAACGCAACGACGCGCUUACUAAUUGACUGUAUAAUUUAUUGUUGACUAGAAAUUAUUGUUGCCAUAAAUACAAUCGACGCAGCUACCCGCAAAAUGCCACCAGUAAAGGUUGCACACGAAGACCAGCGCUCCCGGGAAUCUGGCUCAGCCGUUUUUAGUUUUCACAGCAAGCUUCUAGUUAUCAUUCGAAACACAAACACUCACACUCACAGAGUCACUGGAUGACGCACCAAUUCUCGAUGUCGAAAGCAACUAGACACAAUUAUGAAUUGUUUUAUCUUAUAUUUUUUAGGUUUCUUUGUAUAAAAAAUCUCCCCUCUUCUGUUUUCAUCAUUCUUUGUUCGAUUUAUUUUCUUUUUUUAUUAUAUAGUAUAAAAUGCUUAAAACAAGAGAAAUAGUCAAAAUAUAGAUAAAUGAUUUUUAUAUGAAC